CCGUCGGACGGUGCCAUCAUGGCCGAUAGUGAGUUUGAGCAGUUUCGGCAGUAUUUUGACCAGCUUCCGCAGCACAUUAAGGCGCCGGAACAGUCGUACAGACUCGUGCACGAUGUGUUCAUGGGCGAGGCAGCCGCGGCCGAGACGUCCAGCGACGACUCGACCGGCGAGGACGUGUCAGAGGUGCGCCAGGACUCGGGGGAAUGGGUGCCUUCCGGCUGGGUCGUGACCCCGGACGAGUCGCAGCCGUCAGAGGUCGAAGUCGAGCCACAACGCGGCGUAACGCGCCGUCGCCGCCUGCCAGAAAUACCAAAAAGUAAAAGACCGCUGUCACGACACCUGCGGCUGGCGUCCCACCUGAGCCUGGCGUCGGAGCUGGGCAUGGCGGACCGGCCGGCCGGUGACCGGCCCGGUGGCCAGCCUCUCUACGUCAUGAAGUGCCAGCACCUGCCCAAAGAUCUGGACAGCUCGCCCGACUCGGACAUCCUGUACGGCUGCACGGACGGCGACUCGGGCAACUCGACCGCUCACUCACCGGACGGCUGCGGCCGGCUGCGCCGCCACUGCACGACUCCAGGAGUACUGUCACCAGUUUCGCCCAGCGCUGCCAUCUGCACAAAACUAGAGCUUCUGGAGGCUACGCACAGAGGUCUCUACAAGUUCGAGCCCCGACACCACGAUGAGAUAACAAUUGACAUCGGCGACCCGGUGUAUGUGAUCAAAGAAGCCGACGACCUCUGGUGCACAGGCGUGAACCUGAGGACGGGUCUGCGCGGCGUGUUCCCCUCCGCCUACGUCACGGACGUGGACUACGCCGAGUUCGACCCGGCCGUGCCUCCGGUGCGCAAGGAGCGCUACCUGCUGGGCUACCUCGGCUCGGUGGAGGCCAUGCGCCACAAGGGCAUCGCCGUCAUCACGCAGGCGGUGACCAAGAUCAUGGGUGAGGCGCGGCCGGUGGCGGCGGCAGAGCCGGCCGAGUCUGCUUACGCCUACCCCUGCAUCUUGGAGAUCUCCGACCAGGGCGUGCGCAUGAUCGACAAGAGCAAGCCGGCCCCCAACCACGUGCUCUGUCACGACUACUUCUAUGAAAUCAAGAACGUUUCUUUCUGUGGGUUCCAUCCACAAAACCACAAGUACUUUGGGUUUGUCACAAAACACCCGCAGGACUUGAAGUUCGCCUGUCACGUCUUCGUCUCAGAAGAAUCCACAAGACCAGUGGCCGAAGCCAUCGGGCGAGCCUUUCAGCGGUUUUAUCAGAAGUUUAUUGAGGCGGCCUACCCGAUCGAGGAGAUCUUCAUGGACUUCUGAGUGAGGCGCUUCAGCGGGACCGCGACUUCUGAGCGAUGCGCUUCAGUGGGACCGCACAACUGAAGCGAACGUCUUCUGCAUACCGCCGGGAAGCCUGAAGUGGCCGCGUGAUCCUGGACUGGGUCACCUUUUUACGAGUGAACUGUAUACGACGCUCGCUUUCUAAAGGCACUCUCGGUGAGGGAUGUUUCAAGGCGCGAGUGCGUAGGUGGGGAGGGAGCCGCGUCACUGACGUGGCAGUGCCUCUGCGAUCGCGGCGCCGUCUGCGAGACAGGUGUAAUCGAACGCCGCGCCGAGUUAGCCGCCACCGCUAGCGAGCUCGACCAAGCGUGUAGAGCGAUUUGAUAAGCUGAGUGGACUGUCAUGUCGCAGCAUAUCCGAGGAAGUGGCCGUGGAGACGGACUUCUGCGGACGUCUGCGCGCCCGUGAUCCGACGGUGCGCCCUGUGAUGCUGCCUUGUAAGCUGGAGAGGCGUCCGCCAGAGCGGCGACUGACGUCUGACGUCUGAUGUCGCCUGGCCGUAGUGCCAAAGCGUUCGACUAUCGCCGGCGCGCGGGCGUGGGUGCCGCCGGCGCACUCUGCCGCAGACGGUCGGUGCCGCUUGACGCUGUCGCCGCAGCGCACCCGCCUGUAAACUCCGCCACACGGACUCCCACUAGCUCGACGAUGUAGGCUGGAUCGAGUGCCCGCCCGGUCCUGCACGCUCUCAAUACACGCCAGCACAAUCA